AUGGCUGAUCAAUGGGAUGAUCCGUCAAAGGGCUCUUUUGAUGAGAACUCGCGUUAUCGCAACCGAGGCCUGAGUGUCACCGAGUCUGGUGGCAAGGACGAUGGCUUUGCUUGUGGAAAUGACGCGUUUGGUGAAUUCUACGAUGCUUCGUACAGCGAUGAAAAAACUGGCGCAGGUGAGAGACACGAUGACUUUGGCGGUCGUGAUGAUGACCGUGCUUGUUUCAACUGCGACCAGCCUGGCCAUACCAAAUCCGAAUGUACUGAGGCCCGCAAGAUGGGCGCAUGCUUCAACUGCGGUCAAGAAGGUCACACCAAGGUUGAUUGCCCCGAGCCCCGAGUUUUCACGGGAAAAUGCCGCGUCUGUGAAAAGGAAGGUCACCCUGCCGCGCAAUGCCCCGAGCGCCCCCCUGAUUUCUGCAAGAACUGUCUGGGCCAGGGCCACAAGACGAUCGAUUGCACCGAGAAGCGAAAGUUCGAUCUCAACACUGUUGCUGAUUUGCUUCCUGAGGCAGCCUGGAAUGCAAUGAAGAGCGCUAGCGACGCGAGGGAACUCGACGAAUUCCGUGAGGCUUUCAAAAUUUACUCCAAGGCCGUCCCUGAGGCAACUUUCGUCGACAUCGAGAAGAAAAUGCGUGAGGAUGGAUUCGAGAUCUACAUCAUUGCCCUGGAGAAGGAAGUUGACGAUGUUAUGAGCCUGAUUGACCUUCAGGGAACAUUGGACCGAGAGUAUGUCGUGGGAUUCUAUUACAGCGCAAAGCCAAAGCGGGGCAAGCUUCGAGAGCGUUGGCCUGCGAAUGUUGAAGAAAACCUCGAGCGUUUGGGCAAUGCUGGUCUUCCCUAUGACCGCAAGUUGCCAAAAUGUCUUAAUUGUGGAGAGUUGGGACAUAUUAAGAAGCAUUGCAAGGAGGAGCGCAUGGAGAACACCGAUCGCCCCGAGAUCAAAUGCUCCAACUGCGACGAAGUUGGUCACCGCGUUCGUGACUGCAUGGUCAAGCGCAAGUACAAACGUGGAUGCCGCAAUUGCGGAUCUGAAGAUCAUAUUGCUGCUGAAUGCACCGAGCCUCCAUCUGCUGAUAAUGUUGAAUGUCGCAAGUGCAACGAGAUGGGUCAUUUUGCAAAGGAUUGCCCUAAUGUGGCAGAUCGUGGCCCUCGUACCUGCCGCAACUGCGGAUCUGAGGAUCACAUUGCUCGCGAUUGUGAUCAGCCACGCGACAUCAGUACCGUUACUUGCCGCAACUGCGACGAGAGCGGCCACUAUUCCCGUGAUUGCCCCCAGCCCAAGAACUGGUCAAAGGUUCAAUGCAACAAUUGUGGCGAGAUGGGCCACACCUUCCGCCGUUGCGCUCAGCCUCCAAAGGAGGAAGGGCCCGCGGAUGAUCCAACUUUCUCUCUUGCGGGCACCCCACCCCACGCGAGCUUUGCUGAUCGCCAGGAGGACAAUGGCAAUGUCGAUGACAACGCUGGCGAUGAUUUUAAGCGCCGUGACGAUGACGACAGGUGGUAA